GAGAGAGAGAAAGAGAGCGGGAGAAGAAACGGGGUGUUGCCGCCUCUGAGACACACUCACGCAUCACCGAGUAACAGCAGCAGGGUGAGGUCAGCGCAUCCCUCCAUCCUUCUCUCUGGGAAAACAAGGCUGCUUUUUCAAUUAUUGAAGCCGUACAAAACCCCGUACAUUAUUAAACAUAAUCAAACCGAGAUAUUGCGGAGAUAUACUGCACCUCGACACCAGGAGAGCGAGUUCGCCGUAGAAAAGAGGGCUCGGUGUGAAAGCAGACGGACCGUUUCAGCACCUAGGACAGCGACCAUGGUUCCAAUGGUGGAGGACGGAGCUCAGCUUGUGGCAGUGCCAGUAGGUGUUGCUGUGGUGAGUGUCUUUGGCCUUGUCUUCACUGUGUCAGCCUUUGCAUGGAUCUGUUGCCAGCGUAAAAACACCAAAUCCCAGAAGACACCUCCCUACAAGUUUGUGCACAUGCUCAAAGGGGUCGACAUCUACCCAGAGAGUCUCAGCGGCAAGAAGAAGUUCGCUGCACCUGCCACCACGACAACUAAUGACACCAGCAAAACUGACGUUAACGGAAACUGCCACACUGCGUCACUAAUGAGUCCGACCGGCAACAGUAAACUGGCGUCAAGUCCAAAUGAUUCCAGACCGGCUCUGCAUUUGGAUCUGGAGAAACGGGAUCUGAAUGGCAACUUCACCACCAAACCAUUUCAUCACCACCACCAGAAGGUGCGGAGCUCCCCAGACCUCGAGCUGCCCUCUCCACAUGCAGGGUUCACCCAACCUGGGGUUAUGGACCGCCGUGACCUCCCUUCACCAUCCAGCACCCUCUCAAGCCAGGCACCCACCCCGGCUGUGGACAAGCCCCAGGGAGAGGAGAGGGAGGGUGGGCUAGGGACCCUCCACUUCUCCCUGGAGUACCAGCCAGAGAGGAAGGCAUUCAUUGUCCAUAUCAAGGAAGCCCAUGGCCUGACCCCAACUGAUGAGCAGUCGCUGACCUCUGACCCUUACAUCAAGCUGACUCUGCUGCCAGAGAAAAAGCACCGGGUGAAGACCAGAGUCCUGAGGAAGACUCUGGACCCCACCUUUGACGAGACCUUCAGCUUCUACGGGAUCCCGCUAGCCCGAGUGUCGGAGUUGGCCCUUCACUUCAUGGUGCUGAGCUUCGAUAGGUUCUCCCGUGAUGAGGUUAUCGGAGAGACCCUUGUACCUUUGUCUGGGAUUGACUUAUCUGAGGGGCGUGUCCUGAUGUGCCGAGAGAUCAUCAAGAGGAAUGUCAGGAAGUCCUCAGGCCGAGGCGAGUUACUGCUCUCCCUUUGUUACCAGUCCACCACCAACACUCUGACCGUGGUCGUCCUCAAAGCGCGCCACCUGCCCAAGACUGAAAACAAUGGACCUACAGAUCCAUACGUCAAGGUGAACAUGUACCACGGGAAGAAGCGUGUGUGCAAGAAGAAGACCCACGUGAAGAAGUGCUCCCCCAACCCGGUCUUCAACGAGCUCUUUGUCUUUGAUCUGCCCUCCAACGAGGGCCUGAGGGACACCAGCGUGGAGCUGCUGCUGAUGGACUCAGACACAGGCAACUCACGCUGCCCCAACACCAUCCUUGGGCGCCUGGUGCUGGGCACAUCGGUGGCGGGCACCCCCGGUGAGCACUGGAGGGAGAUCUGCGACCACCCACGUCGCCAGAUUGCCAAGUGGCACGGCAUGUCGGAGGAUUAGAACGCCGGGGUGUUGGUGGAUUUUGUCAUCCAUAUCUGAUCUGUUCCAACCACGAGAAGGAUGGAAUGAGGUUGGGCGGGAUUCAACGUCUCGCUAGCCAGUACCCAUUGGACUUUCAGUGAGGGCGGGUGGGAAACAAGGGGGAGGGGACUUUGAUGUUAUAGGGAGGGUCAUUUGAAGUGAUGUCAUCAUUCAAUCAUUCAAUCACUUAUCGUUGAAGUUAUUGGGGUUCAGUGCAGAGGGCGGGGCAUGACAAAGGGAACCCCAUAGCUUUAAAUGAUCCCAAAGACUGUCACUGAAAAUCACCUGGUAACAUCCAACAUCAUCUCCAUGGCAACAACCAAUUGUCACUGUAACCGUGUGCAGUGCAGAAUGUCUUAAAUGUCACUAUUACUCUUCUUCUUUUCUUCCUCUGCUCCUUCUUCUUCUCUUUCUUCAGCUCUUCCUCCUAUAAAUAGUAACCUUGUCCAUCGUAUGAAAACCACAAUGAACCACAUCUGACAAUGCUGUAAAAAAUGUGGAUUAUUGACAUUUAUUUUAUAACAACAAUGUUUUCUUCAUAAAAAUGUAGAUUGCAUUUAUUUAUGUUUUUGAUUUGUACUCUUAUAGUUGAUUUGUUGAACAUGUUUUGUAAGUAUAAGUGGUAUUUCAUAUAUCAUAACUUAAGUACAAGAAAGCCUAAAUUAGGUGGUUUGAGAAAAGACUGGAACAGACUGAGUGCAUUGGGGACAGUUAACUGUGGAUGCAUUUAUGUGUGUGUGUGUGUGUGUGUGUGUGUGUGUGUGUGUGUUUCGAUAUGAGAGUGCUUGUGCUGAUGUGACUGUGUGUGUGUGUGUGUGUGUGUAUGGGUGUGUGUGUUAGCUCUGAAGGGAUGUGAGCCACAUAAUGUUUACUGUAGGUGUUUUGUCCCCCUUACUGUGAGCACAAAGACAGCUGAAGUGUAAAUGUAUGUACCUUACUAUAAAAUAUGGCAAGUUCUGAGAAAGAA